UCGACUUUUAUGAAGUAUUUAUCUCUCUAUGUGUUGACACCUUUGGUUAUCGGAGGCGCCGUUUACUCUAUUUUAUACACACAACACAAGUCGUGGUAUUCAUGGGUGAUCCAAAGCGCCGCUAAUGGUGUCUAUGCUUUUGGCUUUCUGUUUAUGUUUCCUCAACUGUUCAUUAACUACAAACUCAAGUCUGUGGCACACCUGCCGUGGAGGGCAUUCAUGUAUAAGGCCUUCAAUACGUUUAUCGACGAUUUGUUUGCAUUUCUCAUUACAUCCCUUCCGACCGCUCAUAGAGUGGCGGCUUUUCGGGAUGACAUCGUCUUUAUUAUAUACCUUUACCAGCGAUGGUUAUAUCCAGUGGACAAGACUCGAGUCAAUGAAUUUGGAGAAAAGGCCGACGAAAAGUCUGAAACUAAGAAAACAAAAUAAUUCUUAUAACUUAUUUUCUAAACA